AAAAUAAAUAAAAAUCUUACAUGUUUCUUUUAUAUCUGUUUCUCCACUCACACAACACUAUUAGCAUUCUCAUUUUUUUUCGCGCUCCUUUCAUCUUCUCUUCCAAAAUCUCAUUUUCUCUUCUUCGGUUUGAAAAAUGGAUCCCAAGAACAAUGUGAAGAACGACGAUCCUCCAGCGGAAUCACCAACGUCAGUUCUUGAAGAAGAGGAAGUGGAGGUGAAAUCGGAGGAAGAGGUGAUUGCGGAUGAUGGGUCAUCGCUUGUACCGAAAACAAUGGCGGAGGAAGAAGAGAAGUUGCUGAAAGUUCGUGUAAAGGAAGAAGAGGAAAAGAUUGAAGUUGCGCCGAAUCUGAAUGAUUCACAGUUUAAUAAGUUGGAUGAGCUUUUGACACAGACUAAACUCUACUCAGAGUUUCUUUUGGAGAAAAUGGAUGAUAUUACAAUGGCUGCGGGUGAACAAGAGAAACCGGAUGAAGAAGAGAGUAAACCAGUUGCUAAAAAGAAGGGCCGUGGAUCAAAAAGAAAGGCAGCUUCACAAUGCAACACUGGAAAAGCCAAAAAGGCAGUUGAAGCCAUGAUUACAAGAUCUAAAGAAAAUGUGAAGACUGAAGAUGUGGAUUUGACUGAGGAAGAAAGAACUGAGAAAGAGCAGAGGGAGCUGAUGCCUUUACUAACUGGUGGAAAAUUGAAAUCUUAUCAACUGAAGGGUGUUAAGUGGCUGAUUUCCUUGUGGCAAAAUGGAUUGAAUGGGAUUCUUGCUGAUCAAAUGGGUCUUGGGAAGACAAUCCAAACAAUUGGGUUUCUUUCUCAUCUAAAAUCGAAAGGAUUGGAUGGGCCAUAUAUGAUAAUUGCUCCUCUAUCAACCCUCUCCAAUUGGAUGAAUGAGAUUAAUAGGUUUACACCAACGCUCCCUGCUGUUAUCUACCAUGGUAACAAACAUCAGAGAGAUGAAAUCAGAAGGAAACAUAUGCCCAGAACAGUUGGUCCAAAAUUCCCUCUAGUAAUAACUUCUUAUGAGAUUGCUAUGAAUGAUGCUAAGAAGUGUUUAAGGUCAUACAGUUGGAAGUAUCUUGCUGUUGAUGAGGGACACAGGCUGAAAAACGCAAACUGCAAAUUAGUGAGGAUGUUGAAAUACAUCAGUGUUGAAAAUAAGCUUCUUUUGACUGGUACACCACUCCAGAAUAACUUGGCUGAGCUAUGGUCACUGCUGCACUUCAUCUUACCUGAUAUAUUCUCAUCUCUUGAAGAAUUUGAGUCAUGGUUUAACCUGUCAGGAAAGUGCACUACUGGAGCAACAAUGGAAGAGUUGGAAGAGAAAAGAAGAACCCAAGUUGUGGCCAAGCUUCAUUCAAUUCUUAGGCCAUUUCUGUUGCGUAGGAUGAAAUCUGAUGUUGAGCUAAUGUUGCCACGGAAAAAAGAGAUCAUUAUUUAUGCCAACAUGACUGAGCAUCAGAAGAACUUGCAGGAUCAUUUAAUUAAUGAGACAUUGGGGAAAUAUUUGGAUAAGAAACGAUCAAUUGGACGUGCUCCAACGAGUCUUAAUAAUUUGGUAAUUCAGCUUAGGAAAGUCUGUAACCAUCCUGAUCUCUUGGAAUCAGUCUUUGAUGGUUCAUAUUUUUAUCCUCCUGUGAAUGAGAUAAUUGAAAAAUGUGGAAAAUUUCAAUUGCUCGACCGAUUGCUGGAGCGGCUAUUUGCACGGAAUCACAAGGUUCUGAUCUUCAGUCAGUGGACCAAAGUGCUAGAUAUAAUGGAUUAUUACUUUAGUGAAAAGGGUUUCGAAGUUUGCAGGAUUGAUGGUUCGGUGAAGCUGGAUGAUAGGAAACGGCAGAUCCAGGACUUCAAUGAUACAACCAGCAACUGCAGAAUCUUUCUUCUUUCCACCAGGGCUGGUGGGUUGGGAAUAAACCUCACUGCAGCCGACACUUGUAUUCUUUAUGACAGUGACUGGAAUCCUCAAAUGGAUUUACAGGCCAUGGAUAGAUGUCACAGAAUCGGUCAAACAAAGCCUGUUCAUGUUUACAGGCUCGCUACUGCACAAUCAGUAGAGGGUCGGAUGUUGAAAAGAGCUUUCAGCAAGUUGAAGCUUGAGCAUGUGGUGAUAGAGAAAGGACAGUUUCAUCAGGAGCGCACAAAGCCUUCCAUUAUGGAUGAAAUGGAGGAAGAGGAUGUUUUGGCAUUGCUUCGAGAUGAAGAAACCGCUGAGGACAAAAUGAUACAGAAAGAUAUUAGUGAUGAAGACCUGGAGAAGCUCUUGGAUCGCAGCGAUCUUGUUAUCAAUAGCUCAACUGAUGAUAAAGCUGCAGUUAGUACCUUUUCUCUUAAAGGGCCUGGAUGGGAGGUGGUGAUGCCAACUGCGGCAGGGGGCAUGCUUUCCACUCUUAACAGCUAAUUUCCCAAUCUGCAAUAGAAAUUUUUGAGGGCUGAAUAUUUUCAAAAAAAUUGCCUUUUGUGGUUUGAGAUGUAAUUGACUUUUUAAUUUUGAGACAAUCUCAGCCAGUGAUGUCAAUUGUCAGAGGUAAUGUCCUGGAGGGCAUUCAUUUUUGUAAAGCCUACUAACGGAACUAGAUGUAGAAAUGAAGCAACUUAGUGGUCAUGUUAUUUUUUUUGGAACCAUUCACAAAUCCAAUGUGUGGUAUCCACUCAAUUCAUAUUUGCUUGUUACUAAGCUGUUCCUUAGUUUGUUGGAUACGGUGGGACUGCAUUGAUUCAAAGGCUAUGUUUUGAUUUGUGGCCGCUGGUUUAGUAAA